AUGCAUAUCCGUGAUCUGCUCAACUAUCCCUCCGACAACUUCGGCUCUGUCGACACCAGCGUCUUCCCUCCCUCGCCCAUUACCCCGCCAUCGUCUCCGCCUCAUGAAGGCACCUUGCCUUCUCCUGAGCUGGCCAAUGGCUUCAAGUACCUGGUGCCCUCUUCCUCCCUGGCAUGCGCAUCGCUGCCAACCCCACCUCCAUCGUCGGUGGCCAUCAGCUUUCCGGCCACGCCAGUGCUGUUCACGUCGCCUCCGGCCAUCUUUGCGCCGCGGCGACUGGCACCGAUGCAUGAGCCUCCUUCGUCUUUGGCAAGCCCCCCGGCGCGACCACCCCGAGGUUCGCAUGCCGGGCGGCUCUCCUCCCGCAACCCGGUGCCCGAUCGAAGCUUCAUUUGCAAAGACUGCAAUGUGGCCUUCCGACGCAAGCAGGAGCUGCAUCGUCACAUCCGCUGCAUCCACGGCAGCGAAACGCCGUGGAUCUGCCCGGCCUGCACUAAGGGCUUUGCCCGGGUCGAUGCCCUCCGAAGCCACUUUUCUUCCAAAAAAUCCAACACCAAGGGCUGUCGGUAUGCUCUCGGCGGCCUCCCGGUCCCGCAACUGGUCAAGCUCUCCGAAGUGGCUCGCAAUCCUGCCCCAUAG